AAGGCUGCUGCUGCUGUUGCUGUUGCACGGUAGAAGAAGUUUUUUUUUUGCAUCACCGAGAGAGGAUUGGAGAUUUGCGGCUCUUUAUCGCACGAAAAAACUGUUUCACUGUGAUGAUUUUGCAAGUUCUGCAUCACAAGUUUGUUUACACAUGACACUGAAAAUUUGUCAUGCGCGCAUUUCCCAUGGGGAAAAGCACACUUGAAACUCCAAUGCUCUAUGCAGGUGUAGCAAGACAAGUAGUUCUGUAUUCCAUUUUCUGCAUCACAAGUUCACAGAGAAACAGUUUUUUCUUACGAUACUCUUGCAGUUGUGAAUUUAUCAACUCC